AUGGGCUCGAGACUUGAUUUGCGUCUGACUACAAGUUUUGGCUCUGGCCGGACGGGCGUAUUUCUGGCUAUCUCGCUUCUCUUUGAGCGUAUGCGCUUCGAGGGCGUGGUUGAUAUGUUCCAGACAGUGAAGCUACUCCAGUGGCAGCGCCCCAGUCUCGUCAAAUCAUCUGCAGAAUACGCUUUUUGCUACGUAACUGCGCUUGAAUACUUGAAUUCAUUUGACCAAUUCAAUUUGUAA